AUGGGGUCAAGCAAGAGAUAUCCAAGUAGGUUAUAUGGGGUUGGUAAUUUUCCACUGAUGAUGAGAAGCAUGCACCACGAUUGUAGUUUGUCCAAUCUUGCUGGUUUGAAAGGCUUUGGUUGUGAUGAGGUGUAUGACAAAAUAAGAAAGAAUUCGCAGCUGGGAGUUCUAUUGGAUCUAGCCGAAUCUGACAACCUGUUUUGUGGGAAGACCAUCCAUUAUCUAUUGUCCAAUCAAUUGGCAAUAAACAUUCCAUCGGAGAUUGAUGAAACAGAGUUUGAAGUCGAUCAUACACCUUUAUGGGCGGCUUUAAAGGUGAAAGCUUUUAAUGGACCCAACUGGGAGGAGCUAGUUGAGGGUUUGAGAAGCUGUCGUGGGUGGUCUGAUGAAAUGAAGACGCAGAUUGCUCGGUUGUAUCUUGUUCAUGUUGGAGUGCUUGGUUUAUCAAGGAACAGUCGGAUUCCUCUGGAAUACGCUAAAAGGGCGUUGAAUGAAGAAGCAUUUGAGAGUUUUCAAUGGGGUAGGGUUGGAUUCAAGAGUUUAGUUGAUUCCAUCAAAGUCCUUGGGUUACCUAACAAUGCUUAUACCCUCCAUGGAUGUGUCCAUGUAUUGCUGAUAUGGGCAUUUGAGAGCGUGAAGGUGCUGGGGGCUAGCUACGGGAAUGUAAGAGAAGGUGUAGAUUUGCCUCUGUUAAGGUGGAGAGGAGGGAGGCCAAGGAAGGAUAUCGAAGCCUUCAUAUCCGGGAGCAAACUCCUUAAUAAUGGGGAGCUUCAGGUGAAGCAUUUAGUACCUAAACCUUUGGAGUUCAUAUAUCCAGAUUGGCCAGGACAGUAUUGUGUGUAUGGUGUAGGAGAAGGUUUGAAGAAGAAACUGGAUAAUCUGCUGUUAGACGUGAUCAAUGGCGAAGUGGAUGAAAGAGAAUGGGAUUGUGUAAAAAAAAGGAAGGGGGAACAUACGAAGAAGAGGGAGAGGAGGCAACAUGUUGCAGGGGUAAGUGACGAUGAUUUCCUUGAAACAGCCCCAACCAGCAUCCGUAAUGUCCCCAAUAAUGCGAAGGAGCAGAAAGAAAGUGUUGGGGACAAAUGUUCAGCAGAGAAGGCGUCUGGAGAUAAGCAUUCAGGUGUGCAGGGUGAAGAUGGUAGUGGAAGGUUAUUUACUAUGGUUGAAACACUAGGGGCGAAAAUGGAUAAUAUUCAGAUAUCGUUUUCUAGAGCAAUAGCGGAAGUUGUGUUCAAACUUCAAGGUAUGGAGAGUAGGAUGGGUAACUUUGAGAGUGACGUUCAACUAUUGAAGUAA